GGUCUUCUCCAGUCCUUCCUUCUUCUUGUGCACGUGGUGUCUGCUUUGCUGUCCCCGCUCGCCCCGGACCCCGCCGCGUGCACCCAUGGCGCCCGGCCAGCUCGCCUUGUUUAGUGUGUCUGACAAAACCGGCCUUGUGGAAUUUGCCAGAAACCUAACAUCUGUUGGUUUGAAUCUGAUCGCUUCUGGAGGGACUGCAAAAGCUCUCAGGGAUGCCGGUCUGGCCGUCAGAGACGUCUCUGAGCUGACAGGGUUUCCUGAAAUGUUAGGGGGGCGUGUGAAAACCUUACAUCCUGCAGUGCAUGCUGGAAUCUUGGCUCGUAACAUCCCAGAAGAUAAUGCUGACAUGGCCAGACUUGAUUUCAGUCUUAUAAGAGUUGUUGUUUGCAAUCUGUAUCCCUUUGUGAAGACAGUGGCUUCUCCAGAUGUAACUGUUGAAGAGGCUGUCGAGCAAAUUGAUAUUGGCGGAGUCACCCUGCUGAGAGCAGCAGCGAAAAACCACGCUCGAGUGACCGUAGUGUGUGAACCAGAGGACUACACCGCUGUGUCCGCAGAGAUGCAGAGCUCCAACAGUAAAGACACCUCCUUGGAGACCAGACGCCAGUUGGCCUUGAAGGCUUUUACUCACACGGCACAGUAUGAUGAAGCCAUUUCUGAUUACUUCAGGAAACAGUAUAGCAAAGGAGUAUCUCAGAUGCCCUUGAGGUACGGAAUGAACCCUCAUCAAACUCCAGCCCAGUUAUACACACUCCAGCCCAAGCUCCCCAUCACAGUUCUAAAUGGAGCCCCUGGGUUUAUUAACUUGUGCGAUGCUUUGAAUGCCUGGCAGCUGGUGAAGGAGCUCAGAGAAGCCCUAGGCAUUCCAGCUGCUGCCUCUUUCAAGCACGUCAGCCCAGCAGGUGCUGCUGUUGGAAUUCCACUUAGUGAGGAUGAGGCCAAGGUCUGCAUGGUCUACGACAUGUACAAAACCCUCACGCCCAUAUCAACGGCAUAUGCUCGAGCGAGAGGAGCAGAUAGGAUGUCUUCAUUUGGUGACUUUAUCGCAUUAUCUGAUAUAUGUGAUGUUCCUACUGCCAAAAUUAUCUCCAGAGAGGUAUCUGAUGGUAUUGUUGCCCCAGGAUAUGAAGAAGAAGCUUUGAAAAUACUUUCUAAAAAGAAAAAUGGGAACUACUGUGUUCUUCAGAUGGACCAGUCUUACAGUCCGGAUGAAAACGAAGUUCGAACUCUCUUUGGUCUUCGUUUAAGCCAAAAGAGAAAUAAUGGUGUUGUCGACAGGUCAUUAUUUAGCAAUGUUGUUACCAAGAACAAAGAUUUGCCGGAACCUGCGCUCAGAGACCUCAUCGUGGCCACCGUCGCCGUGAAGUACACGCAGUCUAACUCCGUGUGCUACGCCAAGAAUGGCCAGGUUAUUGGCAUUGGAGCAGGACAACAGUCUCGGAUCCACUGCACACGCCUUGCAGGAGACAAGGCAAACGUUUGGUGGCUUAGACAUCAUCCACGGGUGCUCUCAAUGAAGUUCAAAACCGGGGUGAAGCGAGCAGAAAUCUCCAAUGCCAUCGAUCAGUAUGUUACCGGGACCAUCGGCGAGGGUGAUGAUUUAGUCAAGUGGAAGGCGCUAUUCGAGGAAGCCCCUGAAUUGCUGACGGAGGCAGAGAAGAAGGAGUGGGUUGACAAACUUUGUGAUGUGUCUCUCAGCUCUGAUGCCUUCUUCCCUUUCAGGGACAAUGUAGACAGAGCCAAAAGGAGUGGCGUGGCGUAUGUCGCUGCGCCGUCUGGCUCUGCUGCCGACAGCGUGGUGAUUGAGGCCUGUGAGGAACUGGGGAUCAUCCUCGCUCACACGAGUCUUCGGCUGUUUCAUCACUGAGUUCACCACACACUGCUCUGAGGUUUGCUUAUAUGUGGCUGAAGAAUCAUGUGGGAAAUUUUGAAAUAAUCAAUACUUUUCAAAU